UCAUGGCUAAGGCGGCGAAGCAAGCAGCCGCGAAGGCAUCCCCCUCUACACAGAAGACGGCGGGGAAGGUUGCGAAGAGCUCGAAGGGUGCAGAGAAGGCGACCAAGAGCGUGGAGAAGAGCCCGAAGACCGCAAAGGCCUCCAAGCUUGCGGAGAAGCAGGCCUCGACAUCGAAGGUCCCGCCCCCCAAGGUGGCCGAGGAGGCGGAGGACGAUGACGAUGAGGAGGAUGAGGACUUUGUUGACGGCGAGGAUGGAUCAGGCGAGGAUGUGUCGGGCAGCGACGCUGGCUCGGACGAGGACGAGGAGAGCAACAGCGAUGACGAAGGUGUGGAUGAAGAGGGCAUGGAGCGGCUGAUGAAGCUGCUCGGCGACGAUGGGUUGGACGAGUACGACCAGGCGCAGCUCAACACGAUGCUCGGCGGCGAUGAAGAGUCUGGCAGCGAGGAGGAGGGAGAGGAAGAAGGGGAAGGCGACAGUGAGGAAGAGGCGGACUCUGACGAGGAAGAGGCUGCGGCGGGUCCUUCCACCACUAAGCCGCAGGAGGCCGACGAUGACGCGAUACCCUUGGACGAGGUCGAAGAUGAGGUGGACGAAGACGCCGUGCCUCAACGAAAACUCGAGAUCGACAACACGGUCGCUCUCGAGCGCAUACGCGACACCAUCCAGCUCGACCCCUCAUUACCGUGGACCGAGACCCUCGUUCUUUCCUAUCCCAACACCAUCGACGUCGACGUCGAAGACGAUCUCAAUCGCGAGCUUGCCUUCUACAAGCAGGCCCUGCACGGCGCUAACGCCGCCCGCGCGCUCGCCGCCAAACACAACUUCCCCUUCACCCGCCCCGCCGACUACUUCGCGGAGAUGGUCAAGUCGGACGCGCACAUGGAGCGCAUCCGCCAGCGGCUGCUCGACGAGAAAGCGACCAUCAAGAAGAGCGAGGACAAGCGGCGCGAGCGCGAGGGCAAGAAGUUCGGCAAGCAGGUGCAGAUCGAGAAGCUCAAGGAGCGCGAGCAGAGCAAGAAGGAUAUGGAAGAGCGCUUGCGCUCGCUCAAGCGGAAACACAAAGACGUACUCGACAAACCCGUUGACGACGACUUCGAUGUUGCCGUCGAGGACGCGAUCGCAGACCGGCCUGCCAAGCGCGGCAAACCCAACGGCCCCAAAAUGGCUCGCUCUGCCCGCGACAAGAAGUUCGGCUACGGCACCGUCGGUCGUCGCGCGAAGCAGAACACGAAGGAAUCGACGGACAACUUCGACUUCGGCGGUGGCAAGGGCGGCCGCAGCGGCCCAGCCAAGGGUGGCAAGAAGGGCUUCAAGCCACAGCGCCCGGGCAAAAGCCGGCGGCACGCCAUGAAGCGAUGAUAUGAACACUCCCGCCCGCCGCGUCGCCGUCGGUGUGCAGAGUCAGCGCCAGAGCAGAGCUGCUGUUGUCGGACUGGUGAGGUGUGUAUCUUUGAGCGCAUGUAUGUAAGCGAUGUACGUGUCCCCCGGCGAUACGGCGCAUCGCGUUUGCCACCAAUGAACGGGAUUCCAGGGACCUGCCUUGCCCUGCUCUGUUGUGCAUCACCUCGCGGACGCUGGACAUGAACGCCGACGCGCCUGCGCCGGGAC